AUGGCCGCCCCCUCCUCCUCCCCCUCCUCCUCCUCCAAAGACGGCACUCCCACCACUAUGCCGGUGGACAUCCCCGGGGCCGCGACGGGUCGUCGCGCUGCCUUCCGGCGUGCAGAGGCGGCCCGUCGGGCCUCAGAAGGUCCUCGCCGCUGGACUGUCUCCCGCCCCGGAGGAUUCUCCGCGGAGGAGAUGAGCGCCGAGGCGACUCGGCGCCGUCGUGGCGUUGGCACUGAUCCCUCGUGGAUUGACCCCGCCGGCCGUCUCCGCCAACUUCCCCCCGGCACUCGCCUCCCCUCGCCCGUCCCUCUCACCGAGGAAGAGCUCAACCGCGCCCGCAACUCCGGAGCCGGACCUCCCAUCCCCUACCCGCGCCGCUCGCUCUCUCCCGGCUCUCGCCCCGUCUUCGGACCGAUCACAGAGGCGGAGCACAACAGACGCGUCUUCGCACAUCAUGCACUGUACCGCCCAUUCAUGGGCAACACUCCUGAUAUCGGCCUCCCUCGCCCGCUCUGA